AUGUUCACUCCAAGCCGCGAUGACUUGCUUUAUAUUCUCAAUCAUGUUUUUCUUCCACCCAAGCUGCCGCAGGAGGACGAAGGCGACGAUGCCAGAGAUAUCCAUAAUAUCGCGCUCGCGUCUCUGGUCCAUGAAGCGGCCGUAGAUUUUUUGUCGCUUGUCUCCGCAGAGUACACCGAGCGAUGGUCUGCGAUCAUCAAAAUGCUUGAACUAUUCAAGCGUUACACUGAGGCGCUUAACCAAGAUGAUGUUACAGCCGAUAUGAUGGGAAUGGUUCAGGGAGAUACCUUGGUAAUGCACAUCCGCGCUCAGAAUGCGGGUUUGAUCAUCCGAAAGCUGGAAGAUGUAGCCCGCUUCGAGGUAUUCGAGGUAUCUCCACCUCCGGAGGCCGUCAUGAAGACUACGGGAAAGCUUAUCCGCUCCUACCCUGGUCCCGCCGUCGAUGUUCCGCUCGAUGUGGCCACCGAGCCGUUAUUUCUCAAGAAUCUUGCUUCCUUUCUCGUCCAAAUGGACGUCGACCAGCUAGAUUCACUUCCCACGACGAAGAAGGCGGGCUCUUUCGUUACCGAGGAACGCAGUACGGCGCAUCCGCGCUAUAUUUCUGAGCUCUUGAUGGGGAUUCUGCUUGGAUUAGGCGAAGAAGCCGAAGUCUCUCGUAUCACGAAACGUAUCGCAGACGAUGUUCUGUGGCAAAAUGCCUUCAAGCCAUGGCGUAGGUCGCCCCUGUGGCUCGUUAUUCGUGUUGCCUUGCAGACGUCGGUCCCUGUGGCCAAUCUAUAUAAAGAAUUCAUGAUCUCGUUACAGACCAAGCUGUUAUGGUUGUUCUAUCGCGACGGUCUUACCACCGCCCUACUAUUCUCCGCCAGAGCUAAGGUGGCAUAUCGGGUGCACAAACUAGGCUCUUCUGCGCCAGAUACUUUGUUACAAGGGGUCGAGAAUGUUGUAGAUGCCCUUGAAGAACUCAUGAGAGCUCGGUGGCGAACUGAACAGGGAAAACACAAUAACCUUCUCUCAUCACCUAUACCUUGGCCGCGCUUUUCUGCCGACACGAACAUCUCGCUGCUUAAUUCUCGCCGCUACCUCACGGAUGUGCUUUCGCGUAAUGGUGCCCAGGACGGUAUACCAUUCGUCUUCCAUCCAACUGAAGCUCCACGUCUUCAUGACAUCCCUGGGGGACAGUCAUUCACUCCAAGUGCACUCCAGGAAGCUAUCGCAAACGAUUGUGUUCUAGCAUUAUUAGACUUCGAGCAACUCGUACAAACCAAAUUGGACGCUUGGUCCUUGUCGUCUCACGAUCCUGUCGCUACCUGCGAAACACUGAGCAGCUGUCUUGCGAUAUAUGCCUACCAUGCAGCGGGGCUAUAUCAUUCUAAACCCGAAGACCUAUCUAUCAUGUUUCUGACUAUAAUGGACUUAUGGGUUGCAAUCGACAAGCAAUCCCUCGAGAAUAUCCCUUUACUUGCCGAAUACUCGCCCGAGAUCCCUGCCGACGCUCUGAACCCAAUUCUUCUCCGGCAGGCAGCCUUGAUUGAACGGGCUGGCCAUAUUGAACGAUAUCUGCGGGCUCGCCACAGAAAUGCCAAAGGGUUUAUGUCGAUUUUCUCUGAUCAAAUGUCAGAAGAUGCGUUUCCUGUUCGUUUCUUUGACCAAUCAAGCCUACAUCAGAACCUAAAAGCCUCUAUCGUGAAUGACGCUACGCUAGCACGCGAGGCUAAGAAUCGAGACCUUGAAAUUGCGAAUGAAGUGGCACGGGAUAACUUACAGAGGGCUCGCGAAAUGACACAUAGUCACACGGGCAAGAAAAAACAACCUAUGGACUGUCUUCGCUGUGAGCUUGAGACCGUGAUGCGUAUCAGUGUACAUGAGUGGCCGCUUCCGGAAAAUGAGCCCGACGCUAAGCGAGUAGUGUUCGAGUUGUCUUGUCCGACGGUCUUUGCGAUCUGGAGACACUGGACUUACGCUAUCAUUCGCGAUUUUGGCAGGGUACAUGUUCCACAGUCAGCUGCGGUCGUUUAUCUGACACUGCAGCAAUAUAGUGCUCUUCAGAAACAUCAGGCUCCGAUCCCUCCCUCCAACUCUGCCUUCCGCUUGACUUUGGCAUCCGAGACAAAAUCCUUCCUGCAGGCUCAUUACAAGACUUGCACACUUCCCGCGGACGAGUCCAAGGUUUGUGUCAAAAAUGGCUUGCGUUUCCGCCUUUAUGACAUGACAGGCAAGGAGUGGGCCUGUGCACCCUUCACGGAUUUUGAUGUUUCCUGCUUUUGUACAUUGCUUCUCCCAUACACUGGUCCUUAUCGCACUCUUCAAUACGCGGUCGCUGGAACGGACCAUACCGCGAACCAGAUCAUCUCUAGUCAAGAUGACUGUCCCAUUGAUCUCAAUAUCCACGAGUACAUAUCAUUCCUUGGUCUACGGAGUGGACCGCUAUUGCAAUGGCUCAACAUUGUGCGGGAGAUUCGCACACAGAAUCUCUCCUUCCACCGAAUGGAGGUCCAUAUUUUACUCAUGCAAGCUGCAUGUCAGCUGGGUCCACUUUCUGAGGAUGCCUGUGAGAGAAGCUGGCAUGCGGAGCUUGCUGUGCCUGCCUUCGGAUCACUUCUUGUCCAAGAAAUCAGACAUUUGAUGGAGCACGCCAAGGUUGGUUGGAGUGAGAUACACACGAUUCGAACCGCUGGCUUUUGGCUUCCAAUAGAGAUGACACUGUCUGUAGAGCAGUCACGGAGCAUGACCUUACAGUGGCUACAUGAACUUGGUAGUAGACUUCACUCAACAGUGGACGACCAUGAGGUACAAGAGCUUCGCAUUCGACUAUGCGAAAUCUCAAUGACAUGCAGGGCUACAUUCGACGUCGAUCCACAGCGCGAUUUUCUUCACAUAUUAUCCUCUCCAGAGGAUAUUUCUGCUAUCCUGAUUUGCUCUGUUGAACUCAACAUGCACCUUACAUAUGGCUUUGAUCAGAGCUCACCCGAGCUCGGAAGGAUGCUUAGGCUUGAUCACCGCUUGGCGCAUAGUCUCGAACCAUUCAUAACCCGUCUUAUCCGCAAUGACUCCAGAGGCCUUGAUAUGACUCUGAAAUCCAUCUGGUCUGCAUAUCGACCUGGACUCGGGCAAUGGCACCAGCUACUGUAUCCAAACUCCCGCUGGUUUGGACUGAGGACAAUCAGUUCAGACUCUCAUUCCUUCCCUGAUGUCAAAUUCAAUUUGAUUACGGGAGUUUUCCUUAUGAAUGGACGGCCCCUUGGAAGACUCCCGAAAGAGAUCACAUCACAUCCUGAUUAUAUUCGACUAUUUGGAUCGAGGGUGUUAGACAUCAUUCCGACAAGUACGGCAGGGAUGCAGUUCUCAACACGGCAUUACACUCAUGGCUAUCAGAUAUUUUUCUCCAUCCAUACACCGACUGGUGUGCUCAAGAUUCAUGCGCAGUCAAUCACAGGCGAUAUAUUUGCCAUCCUGCCUCACAGCAUAUUCUACGGUGAUUUUCCGACACUUCUUGUGUCGGAAUAUGUGCAUUGGCUUCACCUGUCAACCGGAGUGGUCGAGUUCCGUCCCUUAGCCAGUAUCUGGGAUUCGACGUCGGCAAUUUGGCGUCUGGAAUUUUCUCAAUGCCGGUCGACGAUGAUCUUGACCACUGGGUCUUUGCGGGCAUACCUCGUCGAUGCCAACACACAGACAUUCAGCACAAUCGCGGAGAUAUUUUCACGCCUCGAGAACUCCAAGUUCAUCAAUAUUACCUUCCGACCAGAUCACGAUCAUCAGGAAUCUGGAAUAGUGGUAGAUCUCCCAAGGCUUCGACUGUCAUUUGCAUUGAGUAGCGAUGGUGACUUCGAGUCAUUGAAUCUGCCCGGCAUGAUUGUUGAUAGCAAUCAGUCUUUGGGCACACUGAUUGGGCUUCGAAACCAGCUUAUUCUUCGGGAGAAAGACCCAUAUGCCGCUUUGUUGCCACGAUCGCGACGCGUACUGAUACCUCAUGGUGACAUCAAGACGAGCUUGACUCCCAACGGAAACCACGUCAGCGUCGAGAUUGACACCUGUACCACCUUCGAGAGACGAGUUCGUUGGUACGAGUACCGAAUUGACUCAGAGAUUGGCUGCCUUGUGGGCAAUGUUGAAUUGACUAGCCGACUUUACAAAGUCUAUCUCCAUGCUCACCCGCUCCCAGACCCGCUGACUGGUCAGACCGGCACUGAAUGUGCUCUCAAUGAACUGAAAUCCGCUGCCUGCUUAUCUUUCCAGCAGCUCCGGCGGUUGGAUAUUGAUUUACUACUCAAAAUCCGAUCACUCACUCCGUCUAGGUCCUUUUAUCCCACUGGGAUGCGUGUCAUGCAGAGCGUUCAUUGGUCGUCAGAUAUCCCUUUCUUGUCUCAACACACUUCAUUUCGUUCUACCUCUCAAGGCAUCCUCGAUUUUGCACGAUCUCUGCAUAGUCUAUUUCCUGAGUAUUCCGCUGGUGCCGGGUGGUUCGAAAGUGGCAACACAUAUGCAAUCACUCAAGAAUCUGUUUUCCUUGAGCAGCGUGCGUCACGUCGAGCACUCCUGAAAGAGUUCUCAUUGAACGAAAUAGAUGACGUGCAAUAUGUCUCUCGAGACUAUCCUAGCCCAUCCGAGGACUUCAUUGCUGCUGUCACGGCAGCAAGGCAGAUUCAGCUUUAUUCCGAGGGAUCAUACCAAGAUGCCGAGUAUAGUGGAAUACUUCCAUUUUUCGAACGGUGCCAUGCUAUGUCUGGUUCUGGGCGCCCUAUUUCAUUAACUUACACUGCAGUGUGGAUAAACCCAGCCCUCGAAUCCUUGUGGAUAGGCCUCUACAAUAGCCUCCGGAAUUCCACCAGUGUUCAGUCAAUCAAGUGCCACCUUUUGUUCUCACUCUCGGCCAUGGCUUUUUCGUCUGAAGACAAUCGCAAGCUGAUUCCUGCGCUGCUUGCCUUUGCUUCUGCGCCCAUAUUUCGUCGCAUACAUCCUCCAUACCACGAAAAGUACAACCUAAAGAGAGGCUUCGAACCAACUCAUGAUCAGCUUCGUACGCUGAUUCUUUCGAAAUUUAAUACUUUUGAGCAUAGCCCUGCGAAGAACGUUGAAGUACAAUCCGGUAUCAAGAAGAAGAAGGUGAUUCGACGUGCACAGCAGGAGUAUUAUGACAACCAGCGACGCCUCCGUGCUGACAUGGCGAUUGAGGAUUUACUGGAACAAUGGCAUGUACCGAACCUUCAUCUCCGUUCUCUUUUGAAGACGCAGAAUGGCUUUCCACAUCUGAAACAAUGCUCCUUCUCCGUGAUUUCUUUGAGAGAAUUUAUCAUGGACAUUCCGCUAAAGGUCUAUUCAUCUGUCUACAAAUCGACGCUCUCUCGAAUAUGGAGUUUGUCUCCUGCUGAGCAUCCUGGUAAUACUGACGAGACAACCUCCGUGAAGACACUCGGGUCAGAGUUUAUAGACAAUGAAAGGCAGCCAAUUUUUCGGCUCUAUGGAGAGCGUUUAGAGAGCAGCAGACAGGCAUUGAGGAACCUACAACACCCUGUCCGUCGCAUCAAUGGCAUUAAUGAGCCAUUGAAAAAAUUCUUUCAUUAUAUACACGACGAGUGCUUUAACACUGUGAGAGAACUCUCUAAAGAGAUAGUACUGCGGCUGUCUCCUACUUCUACAACGGAGAGAAUACUUUGCACGGCAGGAUUCUGGCCACGUCUGCAUCCAGGCAUCAUAUUACGUUGCUUGGCCACCACGUCAGAGUGCACCCUCGAUCCGAAAUGGAGCGAGCUUUUAUCCUACCUAGCACGAUCUGUCAUAUAUUACCAGCACUCAUGUCGACUACUGGCCCUUGCUCAGGAGCCAAAUCCCGAGGGUUUGUCCAUGGAAUUAGAGAACUGUUGCUUUGUUCAGGAAGACAACGUCAAUUCUGAUCCCGACUGGUUGUUGAUACAGUUGGACGGCAGCUUUGUGGCUCGCCCAGUUCAAAUGCGAAUUUCCCGCGAGAUGAUAUCUCCGUCAUCCAAAUCCAGCACGGUUCUACAAUUCAACAUGGGUGAAGGGAAGUCAUCCGUGAUAGUCCCGCUUGCAGCCACAACCCUCGCAGAUUCCAAGAAACUUGUCCGCGUGGUUGUGUUGAAAUCUCUCGCAGGACAGAUGUUUCAAACCAUGGUUGGUCGGAUGUCCGGGCUUGCCAAUCGUCGCAUUUUUUACUUGCCAUUCUCAAGACGCACCCCUCUUUCGGAACGCAAUGCAACACUUAUUCGUGAUCUACUACAGCAAUGCGCAUGCACUCAAGGAGUCCUCGUGGUUCAACCAGAGCAUAUCCUCUCUUUUCGACUGAUGUGCAUGGACCAAAUCCUCAAUCGGUCUUGGUCCUCUCCGGGUCUUAUUCAAAUAUUACAAGACACGCAAACAUGGCUUAAAGCACAUUCUCGGGACAUGUUGGACGAGAGUGACGAGCUCCUUCACGUCCGAUACCAACUCAUCUACACAUCUGGCCAGCAACAACCACUUGAUGAUAGCCCCGAUCGCUGGAUUACAAUUGCACAAGUGUUUGAGCGAGUCCGAAGAUGUUCGAAGGCCCUCCAUUCCCGAUUCCCAAAUGAAGUCCAACUGUCAUCGACUGUCGAAGGAUCUUUUCCUUCAACCAGAAUCACCGGUAGAUCAGCAUUCGAGGCUUGCGCCACAUGUAUCGCGAAUGACGCAUUGGAUGGAUUACUCGACAACAUCAUUCUUCCAGGGAUGAGCACCAACCCAAGUAUUCGCUCUGCUGCGUUUCGAUUCCUCACAAUAUUUGACCUAUCUGAAACGGAAUGGACUGUCAUCCAGCAACAGUUCGGCGGCUCGGUAUCCUGGAAAGGACUCUUACUCUUGCGCGGUUUACUGGCUCAUGGAAUCCUCGAGCAUAUAUUGCGGCUACGUUGGAGAGUUGAUUAUGGUCCCGACUACAGUCGUUCAAUUAUGGCGGUACCAUACAAGGCAAAGGACGUACCAAGCCAGAGGGCCGAGUUUGGCCACCCGGACGUAGCAUUGGGGUUGACUUGCUUGAGCUAUUAUCAUGGGGGUCUAAGCCAGGAACAGCUUUCGGAGUCCAUUGAGCUCCUGCUUGCACUCGACAACCCAGCUGCAGAAUAUGCGAAGUGGGUUCGACAGAGAGGAUAUAACAGAACUCCAGUCGAAUUUCGGCAUCACAAGGCUGUCAAUUCACAGGAUAUGCGGCGGUUCAGGGAUUCUAUCGUUCCUCUCUUUGAAAGAAAUCAAGCGACAAUUAAUUUCUUCUUGAACAAGGUUGUCUUUCCCAAACAAGGGAAGGAAUAUUCGCACAAGCUUGGUGUUUCAGCCUGGGAUCUCGCAGAGGAAAAAGUCCAUGUCACCACCGGCUUCAGCGGAACAAGCGAUAGUAGCUACCUCCUGCCCACGUCCAUCACCCAGAGAGACCCUGUGGAACAGGUCGGGACGAAUGCGCAGGUCCUUUCCUAUGUUCUACGACACGAGAACGAGCACUACAUCUGUAUUAGUGACGAGAAUCGUCAACCGCUGGCCGCAUCUGCUUUCUUGGAGGUUCUUGUAUAUAGACAAUCUACUCCCACGGAGGAUAUGUUGGAGCUCAGGAACGAGCAGCUCAUUCGGCAAUGGCUCACUUUGAGACCUGACAUCGCUGCAGGAGUCUUCUUUGACGAUUCAGACCAGUUGGCAGUACUUAGUCAAGACGGAACAGUCGAGUCAUUGCUCUCUUCGCCAUUUUCACAGCAGCUGCACUUGUGUCUCGUAUAUCUCGACGACGCUCAUACAAGAGGAACGGACCUGAAACUACCAUCCCAUUUCCGUGCAGCGACAACCUUAGGCCCCAAAGUGACCAAAGACCGAUUAGUGCAAGGGUGUAUGAGAAUGCGUAAGCUCGGUCAUGGACAAUCGGUCAUGUUUUGCGCUCCUCCGGAGGUCGACAGACGCAUCAGAGAGGUCAGCGGACUUCAUCAAUCCCAACCGGUCAAGAUCAUCGACGUCCUCCGAUGGGCAAUACUCGAGACCUGUGAAGACAUUCUUCAUCAUAUGCCUCAUUGGGCACGACAGGGAAUGGACCACUACGAUCGAAAGCGCGCAGAAUCAAUGUACCUCACACAGGAGGGCGAUCUCAAUCACCUACGAUCAAGUUGGGCACAGCCUGAGGCACGAGCGCUAGAGGAACUCUAUGGGCAAGAUGCAACGACCUCCACCAAGCAUCACGACAUAUCCGAUUUCCCUGCUCUGUCGGAGAGACUACAGCUUCUCUCCGUAGUUCCGGCCAGAACCAACCAUGCAGAUGAAGAACGUGAGCAUGAAAGAGAAGUAGAGAUGGUCCAGGAAAUAGAGAGGGAACAACUGGUGGAAAGGCCAGGAGGGCUGCAACCUGCGACACAUUUCCUGAUUGACGACGUUCGACUGCUCGUCCAAACAGGGACUAUGCCUACGAAUUCUCAAGCAUUCCUCCCCAUCAUGUCAACCGUGCGAUCAACCACGACAUCCGUAACGAUGGGCGCAUGGUCACCACAGCUCUGGGCAACUCAAGACUUCAUCGUGACUACGAGAGAGUCCAGGCAGCAGACUCCUAUGCUCUCCGAAUACCAACGUCCACUCAACUGGAUCCUCUCGUUUGGCCAUGGGGCGAAAGGCAAGGGUCGUCGCGGAAAGAAGCCAACAAUCGAAUUUGUGGCCUUGAGCCCUUACGAGGCAAACCUUCUCAUUCCUCUCAUUCGAUCGACCAAGUUCACACGCCUGCAUCUCUACGAGCCACGAGUAAUGGAGUCCAUGUCGCCAAUCGACAAUCUGUCCUUUUACUACGUCUGUGCAUCCUCGCUGCGUGGCCAAGAAUGGCAACCUCCCUCGCAAAACGUGCGGCAUCAACUCGCGUUGUGGUCGGGCCUCCAACCGGGACCAAGUGCAGGACCGGGGCGCGUGUUGAUGCCAAUGAACGACGACCGUUUCGUGCGUAAGGAGAAUCGGGUCGGGGAGAUGCGCAAGUUGUGUCUAUUCGAGGAGAGUCCGGUGCCGCUGUUGAAGGAGUUAUUCGCGUUACGACGGAAAGGGAUGAGUUUCUUGCCUACGCAUAUGGGCAGGAUCCUCCAUGGUCGCGUGUUGUCGGAAGAGGAUUUUAGUGAUCUGUAA